AUCAUUUUCCACUUCGAACAAAACGCACACCUAAAAAUCAGUACUCUCGAUUCCGGAACAAGUUUCGAUAUUUAGUUUUUUCUUUAUGUGAAAAUAAACACAAACUAUCCUUCGAGUUUAUCCUAUCAGCCAGUUAAUUUAGUUUCUUUCUAUAUAUAUUUAGAAACCCACAAAGAUGUCGGCGCUCCGGCGGUCACAUGGCGGCGGUCGCGAUUUCCUUCAAGAAAACAAAAUGAAUGUCUCGCGAAUGGAGACCAAUGGUCGAUGUCUAGCGGCGGCCAAUGCCCGCCGUGUGCCCAUGUGGCGUCCAGUGGUGCUUCACUAUGCGGAGAAGUUGCGUCCCCAUGGCUUGAACAACAAUCAACGUCGUCCGCGCCAGCUGCACGGUGCUCAUGAAUCUUCUGAGCUGAGGAGUGGUCUAGCCUACCCGUAUGGCUUCAGGAGCGAUCAGCGGCGAAAGCAACCACCGAAUCCGAGGGAAAGCCAGGAGGUGCGUAAGGAACAAGAGCGUCUGCAAGGCGGUUGGGAAGAUCAGCAAAGGGCAGCGAAGAAGUGCUGCCAUGGUUGUCACUGUCAGCGAGCUCAACAGGGUUACCAAACCGAGGCAGUGGCUCCCUAUCAAGGAGAGGGUUACCCUAAGCAGGGUAACCAGAACGAGGCAGUGCCCUAUAGCCAAGGUAACCAAAUCGAAUCGAAUGCGAUAAUGACCAAACAGGGUGAAGGUGAUCAAGCCGAUCGCGUUUCGUUGUGUUCCCGUGUCUCCCGGGCAUCUCGUCGAUCCCAGGCAAGGCCUACUAGUCCUAAGGAGGGCGGCGAUGUCGAGGCAUCGUUGAGUGCCCGUAGCAAGGCCUCUGCCCAGACCCUCAAGUCAAAGAGAUCGGUUUCCCAGGAAAGUACACGAUCGAAUGCUACCAUCAAGUCCAACAUAACAGUGGCAUCAAAAAGUACUACAGCCUCAAAGAGAACCAAUGCUAGUCGUAGAUCCCAGUUAAUGGAGGUAAUGCCGCCACCAACACAUUUGGAGGAUCAAAAGCCCAAGGAGAAGGUACAGCAAGAACCGCCAAGCCCCUACGAAGGCUAUACACCAUUGACUCCCCAAGAGCGAGAAGCGGCUAUCCAGGAUGCCCACUUCAAGUAUGGCAAGCUAGUGGAGGAAUAUAAUCAUCUGCCCGUUUCGGAGCCAACACUGCGGGUGCGUAAUCGUAAAAUUGCCAUCGAAAGACAGCUGGAUGAACUGGACUAUACCAUAAAUAUGUUCGAUCAGGCCCAUCUGGAUAUGUACUACAGAAAGGGAUGAUUUAGUUAAUCGUUUCAACUAGUGUUGCACAUUUCCAAAUUGUUAUUGUUAUUGCCACGAAUCAUAAUUAGAAACUGAAACUCAACGACAUCAGUCGGAUCGGAAUCACAUUCAAAAUGAGAAACAUUUGUUAAGAAACGGCAGAAAAUUACAUUACCAAUAGCAUGAAAAUUCUAAACUAAACAUUACAAAAACAAAAAAAAAACAAAAAAAAGAAAACAAUACUUCUAGAGAACGGGAAGAAAACGAGAAUAAUAACUAAAUACUUAGCUGAAAACGAAAAAACGUAACGAAAACGUAACGAAAUACGCAAUUUAAACUUAUGACGAACAUUACAAAAUCUAAAAAAUGACUUUAAACGUUAAAUUAUUAAAAAUAGCAAAAAAAAAACACAAUGUCUAUAUUACAAAACAAAAUACAAAAUAAAAUGCAAAGCGACUUUUGAUUUCCAAUUAA